UAACCAUCUUGAUUUUACGAUUUUUCUUGAUUUCGGGUUUUAUUAUAAAAAUAUAUAAAUUUAAUUAAAUUUGGAGGAUUACACAUUAAAAAAAUGGUGGUUUUUAGCGGGCUACGCCCCAUUUUAUUCAACAAAGCUAAUUUGUUGGUAAAAAACGGAGCGCAACGUUCUAUGUCUGGACACAACACUUUUCCUUAUCAACCAUCGAGAUUCCAAUGGACUAAAUUCAAAGAUCUCUUUCAUUAUUACGUGAUGCUUGGAGUCAUCCCGGUUGGUUUGAUUGUCACUUACGUGAACAUUUUCAUUGGGCCAGCUACGUUAAGCGAAAUCCCUGAGGGUUAUACUCCAAAACAUUGGGAAUACUUUCGUCACCCAAUCACCAGAUUUAUAUCGAAAUAUCUUGUAAGUUCUCCUCAGGAAGAUUACGAAAAGUAUUUGCAUCAUAUUUUUGAGGAAGAUGAAAAAUCGAGAAUGAGGAAGCUUGAAAAGGAUGUUGAGACAUUCAUCUCGCAGAGAAACGAUUAUCAGGCUUAUUAUUACAGACCUGUACUCGCUAAGUAUCACAGGAUUAGUAAAGAAGCAGCUGAUUAUUUGGAAUCACUUAGUGGUGAUUAAAUUUUUGAUUUUGGGUUGUAGCAAAUGUAUUGUAACUUAAAUUGCUUUAAGAAUAAAGUAUUAAAAAGUGUUGGUUGA